AUGACUGAAACGGAACUACAUGAGAUCAACAGCUUGGUAACAGCAGCAAGAAAGAUGGACGUGGCAUCCAUCCUGCUGCAUGCCAACGCGAUAAUGCUUCAACAACAGCAGGAACUGCAGCAGCCAUUCUUUGUUCCCACAAGGACGGGGGAAGAUAAGUUGCAAGUCCAGCUGAUACAGUGUCGCGAAGCCUUGAUACAGCUGCAGCACAAAAGCAGCGCCGCAGCCGCUGCCGCUGUCGCUGUUGCUGCAGCAAUACCUGGCAGGAGCUUACAAUCUAGAGACAGGCGGCCACUUCUCUACACUGAAGCUACAUCAGAGGCGUGGACCGAUUUGUUGCAGAGUAUACGCAGCAUUUGCUCCCUACAUAACGCUAUGAUGCAGCUCCAGGAGCCCCCAAUGUCCACUUGUGCAGCCGCUGCUGUACGAGAGUUACUCCAAGAUAUUGACACAGUCUGCCGCUACAGCCGAAACAGCAAAAAAAAGAAACAAGAGUAUCAGUAUGAAUGGGAACAAUGCCACCACAAAUGGAGCCUACAAGAGCAGAGCCACUGGUGGCAGCAGUACCAGCAUGUACAGCAGCAAGAACAGCAUCAAAAACAUCACCUUGAUCUGGUGCAGAAAGAGGUAAAGACACUGCAUCACCAGUUAAACAAAUGGUUGCAGCAUCACGACACUGACGGUGAAAAAAAUACUCCAGUAGCGCAAAGUGCAGAAGGCGUAGCAGCCGCUGGAGCAGCAGCCACGGCCAAGGCAGUUACCAGAGUGCUAACCAGGCAGAAGCAGCCCUGGAAACGUUCAGACUCUUUGAACGACAGUAAAGAGAGCAGCAGCAUCAACGCUAGCCAAGUAAGUAGCGACGAAAGCCGCAGCAGCAGCGGAAGAAGUUUUAGUGGGAGUAGCGAAAAGAGCAGUAGCGAUAGUAAACAGAGCAGAACUUCAAGGUCAAACAGCAGUGACACAAGUAGCAGCAGUGGUGUCAGCAACGAUAGUGACACUGCUGCACACACUGUCUGCCAAAAAUCACUAUCAAACGCAAUAUCGGCGUCAGAAACAAAUAAACGGAUUCUCACUGAAAAAGCACAAGAAGCAGCGACCGAAACAGCUCCUAAAAUGCAGCAGCACGGAAGAAAGAGAAAUGGAGAUGAGGGUAAGACGGGCUAG